AUGUCACCCAACAGCUGCUCCCGUCCCUCCCUGGACCCCUUCGACGAAGCCAGCUCCCAUCAGUCCGAUCAGGGGGAAGAUGCCAACCGGCGCGACGACGCGACUCGAACCACAUCAACGUCCAGCGAGAAUACCAGAAACAGGCCACCGCCCGCGCAGCCAGACGCGACCUCUGAGGACCUGCAUCGCCUCAUGAUGCCCGACAAGCCGUUGUCCCCGCGCUACGAGGUCGCCGAGCAGCACCCCGGCCCCGGCCCCGGCCCCGCCGCCUCCCUGUCGUCAUCCCAGAACCAAAAGGCCGCCGCGCAGGCUGAGAAGACGACGACGGACGCCGCCAACACAAACCCCGACGCCCAGGUCGAAACCGAGUCCGCAGCCGCAGCCGACGAGAAGGUCCCCAAGCUCGACCCCGCCGGCUUCUUCACCCUCGUCUCCAACUCGACGACAAACACGACCCACCACCCGACCGUCAAGUACAUCUUCGCCGACGACGACCCGGACGUCCUCACCUCGGCGCUCGCGGCUCAGCACACAGCCAACCAACAGUCCUCGUCCUCGGCCUCGGCCUCCAAGACGGGCAAAAACCCGGCGCCCCCGCCGAACAACCGCACCAUCCUGCUGGACGUCGUCCCCGACGCUGACGGUCAGUGGAAGGUGAGCUCGGCCGCGAGCUUAAGCGCCGACUUUGCGGUCACCGAGGCCAGCAUCUCGCGCCAGGAGGGCGAGACGGUGGGCGAGGGCGGGCUGGUGCUGAAGAUCGAGGGCGUGGACGGCGAGGGCGCGGGGGGCGCGGGCGGUGGGGAGAAGGACAAGGCGGAGAGCUUGCCUAGUUCGAACAGCGCCGUGGCUAGGUCCGGCGGAGAGGAGUACGGGCCGAUUCUGGAGGAGUUUGAGCGCAAGAUGAGCGUGAUGAAGAAGGUCGUCAAGGCUGGGGAAGCCCGGGCUGAGAAGGCGAGGGAGUCUAAAGGUGCUGAGGGUGGUGGAUUGGAGAGUGAGGGGAAGUUUGAGGGGCAGGAGUGA